AUGUCUUUUUAUUUUAUUUCAAUUCUCCUAUUUUUCAACUUAACAUUUGUGUUUGGAGUAAAGAUGAUACCUGACAAACCUCCAAAUUUCGAAUAUAAAAUGGAUAAAAAUUCCAAUUUAAAAAUUGAAAAAAUUAAAAUUAACAACAAUUCAUUGAUGCCUUUAGAAAUUACUUUAAAAUUUGUUUCGAAAGAAUUAGGCAUUAAAUAUUUUUUUACACCAAUUGAUAGUCAAUGUGAGGAGGGUGUGAAGGACAAUCAAGAAAUGAUUAGACAAGAAGAGGAUUUUAAAAAUAAUUUUUCUUCUUUCAUUAAAGAAUUAUCAGUUAAUUAUUUAAAAGGAUUUCGUUUAUGUUCAAAUAUAAUGUUGAAGGAAGAAUUAAAGUUAACAACAACACAUUUUGUGAAACCUUUAUUUUCGGAUGAAUUUAAAUGGAAAGAAGAAGAAAAUAAAUCGAGAUUAUUUAAAAGAGGGGUCCUUCGAAGAGCGAUUAAAAGAAAGAAUGGAGCUAUUAUUUUAGAGGAAUUUGAGGAUAUUCUUUUUUCUUUUGUGGGAUUUCGGUAUCAGAAUUGGAUGGGAAAUUCUUUAGACGUUUAUGUUCAAGUCCGCGAACCUGGAUACUACAAGAUGCUCAUAAAUCGUAUUGAGGAUGAAUGUAACAUAACGAAGACUAGUAAAAUACAUGAGAGUGAAAACGAACUACCAAAAACUGCAGCAGUUAGCCUUCAUGGAAGAUUUAAACCCAAUGGAUUCGAAGGCGGAUUUGUAAUUUGUAUUCAAUUCGUACCAUCAUCAAAAGGAAAAGGUAUUAUAGCAGGAGGAGUAGAAAUGGUUGCGGGAGGAGCACAAAUGAUUGGAAAAACAGUUAUAGAAGGAGCACAAAGUGCAGUUGAGGAGGGGGCAAAAAUGGCUGUGGGAGGAGUGGAUAUUGUUAGGAAUACAGUUACUGGUGGAGCACAUUUUGUUGCAGAUACAGUUACUGACGGGGCACAUUCUGUUGUAGGGACAGUCUCAGAUGGAGCACAUCUGGUUGCAGGCACAGUUUCUGAUGGAGCUAGAAUGGCUAAAAACACAGUUGUUGAAGGCAGGAAUAUUAUUGGAGGCGCGCUUACAAGUGGAAGAAAAAAGAUAGCAGGACUCGCCAGAAAUGCUUCCACAAUUCCUUCUGGAAUAUUUCCAUUUAAUAAACGUGGAAAGCGUGCUUCAAGUUCUUCAUCGUCGUCUGCAAUUAGUGAAUCGCCCAGAAAUGCGAGUAAGGAAAAAUCAAAAGAAAAACGAGAAAAGAAUCCUUAUAAGAUUAUUGCAAAAGUACUUCCAGCAUUUGAAGAUGAAUUUAAGAAGGAAUUUUUACCAGAAGAGAUAUAA